UUCUGCACAGCCAGACCGUUGUUUUCCUCCCGUCGCCUCUGUCGGACAGACUCAGGAGUUUCAGUCAGAUGGAGUAUAAACUGAUCAUGGCGGUGGCCAGAUUCCCGAGUCUCUACGACCCGGGCUUUCCGACCUACAGAGACCUGAACAUGAGGAGUGAUUCCUGGAGACAGGUCUCAGAGCUCGUCGGUGUUCCCGAGCUCGAGUGCAGGAGGAAGUGGAAGAUGCUGAGGGACCAACACCGCCGGGAGAGGCAGCGGGAGAAGGACAGGCGAGAGAGCGGCAUCGGCCUCCUGAACUACAGGCCUUGGAGAUACUCAGCCAUCCUGUCAUUUCUAAACCCGUUCAUCGAUGCCAGAGCUGCAGGGACCAACGGCUGGGCUCUGGACCCUCAGCCUUCCUUCUUUCAGGCGUCUGAGAUGGUGGGCUGUAGUACAACCACUGAAACACGGAGCGAUGAUGACGACAAUUACGGCAUCGCGGUGGCAGAUGCUACAACAACAACGUCUUCAUCCUCCUCCUCAGAGUUUGUUCAAAGGAAGCGGCCGUCGUCUGCAAGCAGAGACGCUGUCAGACUGAAAGAGGCGAAGAUGGAGGUGAUUUCAGACGCUGCUGCUCCAGACGACAGCGUUCAGACACAACAAGCCCAGCAGGCCAACAUCAGGGAGCUGUUUGAGACUAUCAUGCAGUCUGUUACAUCUCUAGCCUCGUCUUUAGCUUCUACUCAGUCCUCCUCCCAGUCGUCCUCGCAGCUCUCAGAUCAGCUGAUGGCGCCGUCGCCCCCCGCCCUGCAGCUGGACGUACAGGCACAGCGCAGCCUGCCUCCAUCCAGGCUCCACCAGCUGAAGACUGAGGAGCAGGAGGUCAUGGAUGCAGAGCUGUUAGGCCACAUAGAUGGAGAGGAGGAGGAUUUUCACACCCCGUCUCCCAGGCCGAGCCGUUUGUGUAGGAGGACCACCGAUGGCCUUCUGGAGGAGUUCCUGAGGAGGAUGGAGGCCCGGGAGGCUCAAACAGAGCGAGAUGUGGAGAAGAGAGACGAUGUGAUGCUGUUUUUACUCAGCCUGGCUCCGGCUAUGAGGAGACUGACGGCAGAGAAACAGUCGUGGCUCCGCACCAAGAUUCAGCAGCUCGUGCACGAGGCCGAGUUUGGAGCUUCGAACUUUCAGUGAUCCUAAAUGUUUUCUAAAUACGGCACAGACUUCACAUGAGUGGAUUUCAUUAGGGAUGUAAUGAUACCACACAAUACUUAAAAGUUCUAGGCACCAAAUUUGUGUUGUUUCUGGUUUUGGGUUAUGAAAUAUUGCAGGAAACCUCAUGCACAUUGUCUAAAUAGCACAAAUAUGUUAGAAAUGUUUGGACCAAAAUGUUGCAAAUGCAUUUCAACAGUGCAGAGUUCAUUCCUCAACACUGUCCUAUAAAAUAAUUUAAGCUUCUGCCCUUUUUGAUGCUGUUGUUUGUUAAAAUAACAGAGCAUGCAUCAUUUAAAAGUGGUGUUCAACCAUAAAGAAUCUCAAAUUUGGACCACCUUGAUAUAUUUCUAGCUGUAUUAUUUCUGUAACCAGCAGAAGGUGCUGACUCCUCUCGUUCUGUGUCAGUAGCUGAAGAUGAAAUGCACUAAUAAUCAGAGGACAACAUCCUAAUUAAGAAGAGUUACUUUUAUUUAUAAAAUAAAUUUGAAAACAGAAUAUUUUGAAAUGUUCUUGCUGGCGAAUGAAUUCAAAAUUAUCGUUUUCCCAUGCAGUAAAAAACACAAAUAUAUUUUACAAGAUCUCUACCUAUUUAACACAUUCUUUUCUGUGAAAACGAGAUAUCAUAAUUAGGAAACCUCCUGUUACCACAAACUCAUGCCACCUUAGAGUGAAAGUUGGCAGCCCCACAAUAUAUCUUGGGCAGUAUCAAGGCAAUCUGAUGUAAGAUUUCAACAUAAAAGCCUUCUCAAAUAUGCCAUAUUCAGUGUGAAACUGCCUAACUUUAAACUGAAAUAAUGAAGAAACCUCCUGUUACCACAGACUCAUGCCACCUUACUGUUCUUCAGAAUUUGUCAAACUAAUUUUUUAUCACUGAAAAAUCAUUGUUAUCCUGUGACGACAAGUGAGAAACAACCUAAAAUACUCGUUAUUACAAGAAAAUGAAGUGACAUGAAAUGUGUGGGAGUACAGUGCUGUGUGUAAGUUUACAACCCCGGUCGUUCUCUGGAUGUCCUUGCAUCUAACCAGGGGCAUAAGUAAAGUAUCUGUUGACAAAGUCCACACCUUUAGGGCGGGGUCAGGGGUGGAUGUGGUGAGCAAGCACAGCCUAGGGUACUGUCAUGGCAGAUUUAAGAGUUACCACAAGCCCCUGGUCAUGCUGUGGAAGUCCCAAGGACCCGGACAAAGAGAUGCCGUUGGCAUUGAGCCCCCCCUUGGCUGUGGCACAUCAGUGAUGAAUCUGAGUCACAUCUGCUCCAGGUCUCUUUAACGACUCCUAUCAUGUAUCAUUACAUCCCUAACUUCAACUCUCUUCACCAUGAAAAGACUUCAUUUCUCUCCAGUGACAUGAAUCUGCAGCCAAACCUCAUCUUUCUCAUGUUUAUGUUCAUUUUUGAAUAAAAUUCUCUUGUAACAGCA